AUGCCUGCAGGGUACCAAUCCCUAAAGUUUCAACAAUUCGAUGGAAAGGGCAACCCAAAGCAACAUAUCACCCACUUCGUAGAAACAUGCGAGAAUGCGGGAACAAGGGGAGAUCUACAAGUCAAACCGUUCGUCAGAACCCUCAAAGGAAAUGGUUUUGAAUGGUACACAGACUUAGAGCCUGAGGUGAUUGACAGCUGGGAGAAACUUGAAAGAGACUUCUUGAAUCGCAUCUACAGCACUCAGCGCAGCGUCAGCAUGAUGAAGUUGACAAACUCCAAACAACGGAAAGAGGAGUCGGUCGUCGACUAUAUCAACCAAUGGAGAGCUCUGAGUCUGGAUUGCAAAGAUCGACCCACCGAAUUAUCUGUUGUAGAAAUGUGCACACAGGGUAUGCACUGGGAACUUCUCUACAUCCUGCAUGGAAUAAAGUCCUGUAACUUUGAAGAAUUGGCGACCCAUGCCCACGACAUGGAGCUAAGUAUCGCCAACAGAGGAACGAGGGACUUUCUGAGCCACGAAUCGAAGAAAGACAAGAAGAAGGUGAAGGGCACCGAGAAAAUUGUGAAAGGUGCCACAAAGAAAUCAGUGGUCAUUAAUACGACCCCGUUGAAGUUCUUCUCGAAAGGGAAAAAGAAGAAGAUAGAAAAGAAAGACGAAGGAGCCGAAAAACAUCGCCUAACCCUGAAGGAACAAUAG